GGUAGCAGCGCUGAGCGAUGGUCGGGGAGGAUGGAGCUGCUACCCCUGAGGCUGCGCAGCCCCCAGCGGACCCGAGCCCUGGCAGUGGCGGCGGCGGCUACGACGGCAAGUGCGUCUUCUGCAGGAUCAGCCGUCGGGAGGAGCCGGGCACCGCGCUGCUGCCCUGCGAGUCUGAAGGCCUAGUCUGUUUUAGAGAUAUCAGACCUGGGGCCCGACACCAUUAUCUAGUAGUGCCGAUAGAGCAUAUGGGAAACUGCAAGACUCUAAAGAAAGAGCACAUACCACUAGUGGAGAAAAUGAUGGAAGCUGGAAAGAACAUCCUUCAGCAAAAUAAUUUUACUGACUUGAACGAUAUAAGGAUGGGAUUCCACUGGCCUCCAUUCUGCUCAAUAUCUCACUUACAUCUUCAUGUCCUGGCCCCAGCCAGUCAGUUGGGAUUCUUGUCCAGGAUGAUAUACAGAAUCAAUUCCUAUUGGUUUAUCACGGCUGAACAGCUGAUUGAACGACUGCAGACUGAAAAUGUUGCCAGUUGAAAGCACCUUGCCUAGUUCUGGAUCACAAAUCAAUUUAGAUUUUGUUCUUUGAACUCUGAUUAAGAUUACACAGUUUGGUGCAACUAUUUAAGUUUUUUUUUUUUUUUUAAGAAAAGGAAAAGCUUGAAUUGAUUGCCUAUUCCUUCAGGGCAAGAAACUUUUGAUUGUCUACCUAAUUCUUAAUGUAUGUAUACUCAAGUUUUCUGAUAAUAGAUGCAAAAUAUUUGACUGGAAAAUAGAGUAAUAUAUAAAACACUAGUUCUAGUAAAACAGAGUAUAAACAGUAAUGGUUUGAAUGUAUUAAAACUGGGAAAAUUUUCAACAGUAAGUAUUAAUAGCAUGUACACUGUACCAAGUUGAAUGCUUAAAAGUGGAAUCUAGCUUUUUUAUUUAAAAAAAAAAAAUUGGGGAAUGCAAUAGUGUUUAAAACGUACAGGUUUCCUUUAGUACUUGCAUGAGUUAUGCUGGUGAUGUCUAGUUCUUAGUAGGUACAGUGCUAAAGAUAGACACUACUGUUUUUUGGUGCUAAACCAUCACUGUAUCUUGCAUGGUAAUGGUCUGUAGCAAGUGCUAAACAUAACAUAUUGAGCCCAGAAUAUGAAGAUGCUUUAGAACAUAGAAUUUAGUUUAAAUGUGCGUAGGAAUGUUUAUAUGAUGGACUUGGAUUGAGAUUGUUACUUGUCUUGAAUAUUAAUUCUCUAAAUAAUUUAACUGUACAUUUAAAAAUCUUGUCAAGAGUUUGGAUGGAUUGAAUUAACACACUUGCCUCUGGGAAUCAAGUUUAAACUAGAACCUAGAUCAAGGACUUGUCUACACAGUGCAUUAGUCAGCACUGCAAGAGCAGGGUGUAAAUUCUAGUGUACAUUACUCUGUUGCAUACUAACUAGCCUGUGUGGCUCCUGCUGGAACGCACUAAAAGAUCCCUAGCGUGUGUGAAUGUAGUCCUGUUUCAAACAGUACUACAUUCACACACACUAGGGAUCUUUUAAUGCAGUGGUCCCCAACGCGGUGCCCGCGGGCUCCAUGGCGCCCGCUGGGGCAUCUAUCUGCACCUGCCUAC